AUGUCGUCGCAGUCCCGAUCUGCCGAGGCCAGGACUCGUCAGGCGCAGAGCAGCCACAUGCUCAAGACCGGUCGGCGAGGAAACCCGUUCUGCAAGGACACGCACGACCUGUUCGCGACGCUCAUGGUGUCGCUCGACCUGUCGGACCGCACGCGCUUCUUCCGCACGUACGCCAACGCGUUCACGACCGACGACGCCGCCGCCAACCUCGCCUCGCUGCGGUUCUCGCAGUCGAACCGCACGUCGGACCCGAACGACCCGCAGCGCAUCGUGACGACGACGACGACGACGACGUUCUCCAUGUCGCGCGAGAUCGCCAAGGGCAUCUGCCAGCACUUUAUGGACGCGCGCCUCAUCGAGAACGCCGCAGACCCGUCGUCCGUCACGUUCAAGGACCGCGGCAUCUACCAGAUCACGCCCAAAGGGCUCCACAUCCUCGAGCGCUUCAUCACCAAGAACGGCAUCUCGGCCGACCACCUCAUCCCCGUCUUUACGACCCAGCCCAUCUGCAUGAAGCUCCUCCACCUCGAGCGACGACAAUCCGACGACGAGAUCCACGUGUCGCGGUCCGUCAUCGACGUCGUCUUCCGGCGGUUCACGGGCGGCCGCAGCCCGAACUACGUCGCCGAGCAGCACGACGGCCGAGGAGCCGCCAUGGCGCGCCCGUUCAUCGAGAGCGUGCGCACGCCCGACUCGUUCGACCGGGCCAACGGCGUCGAGCUCCAGGACGUGACCGAGAAGACCAAGGCCGGCCAGGUCGUCGUCGUCAAGCAGGUCUUUGCGUCGACGGCGGGCGUCGACUGGCUCCUCGACUACUCGACCUGUUGCUGCCGCGACGAGGCCGGCGAGCUCCUCGCCCACAUGGUGCGCUACGGCCUCGUCGUCCUGUACGCCGACCGCUCGCGCGCCGGCGACCGCGUGACGGUCAUCGAGGUCCAGGGCUCGUCCGGGCAGGCGGCCGAGUACCGGUUCGGGCCGAGGGUCCUGUACCGCGUCACGGAGGAGGGGCGACGGGUCGCGCAGGGCGGCUCGGGCGCAGAUGUCGCGGCGACGACGCCGGGCGGCAAGGUCGAGAAGGCGGGCGACGCGAGCGGCGGGGCGGCGGCGGCGGCAGCAGCAGCGGCGGCAGCGGCGGCGUCCGCUUCCGCAGGGCGCGACUCGCCGAGCACGGGCGACGGCGACGACUCGAGCUCGCUGCGAGGGUUCGACCACGCGAGCAGCGAGCGAGGGUUCACCGGCGGGACCGGCCUGAGCAACAUCGAGGGUUCGCUCGUCGGCGGGCGCAAGGGCAUGGCCGACCUCUUCAAGGCCAACCUCACCGAGGCGGGCGCGUCGUCGGCAUGGAGCAAGGACCAGCACUCGACGACGACCCGGUUGCGCGCCAUCCUCGACGAGCCGGCGCUGCGGGCCCUCUUCCGCGACUUCCUGCGCGCCAACUACUGCGACGAGAACCUCGGCUUCUGGCUCGAGGUGACCGACUUCCGCCGGCGGUUCUCGACCACGAGCUCGGCCGUCGGCGCGAGCUCGAAACGGCGCCCUCAAGUCGCCGCCAACGCCAUGGAGUCGCACCAGCAGAACCUCGUCGCGGCGGCGCUCCACAUCUACAACACGUACCUCGCACCGCUCUCGCCCAACGAGCUCAACAUCGACCACAACCUGCGCGCCGACGUCGUCAACUACGUCAAUCGGUCGCUCGCCGAGGUCGGCGCCAAGACCGCCGGCGACGGCCUCGUCGCCCCGACCGCCGUCACGAGCGGGAUCCCGGGCGUCGUGGGCCAGACGACGAGCACCGACGGGACGGCGAGCUUGGUCGACAACGCGCCGAUACCGCCGUUGCGCGCGACGCAGGUCCAGACGCUGCUGCGGCAGUACGAGCGGAUACAGGAGCACAUCUUCCGCCUGCUCGCGACCGAUCAGGUGCCGCGCUUCAUCCGGACCGAGCCGUUCCUCAAGCUCAUGCAGCCCGACGCCCUGCGGCAAGCCAACGCGGCGGCGACGGCCGGGUCCGGCACCGCCUCGCCUGCCUCGACUACGACCGGGACGCAGGGCGGCGACGACGCGUCCGAUAGUGCGACGACGGGCUCGAGCGCGGCGCCGAAACCGCCGGCCGGCUCGGCUUGAGCGCCUACCCUCCUCCUCCUCCCCUUUCUCUCGCUCGGCCCUACGUGUCGCCGUCCCCUUUCACUUUCGCCUCGACCUAUUGCCAUCGUUCUUCCUCCUCGUCAUCGUCGCGGUCGACGUCGCGGCUUGCCCCUUGUUCAGUAUCCUCCCUCGAGCCGCCUCGUCGCCGUCCCUCUUUGCCCUCACCCUCGUCCUCAUGGUUACCCCUCCCUCGCCCUCUUUCCCUCGCCCCAUUUACCCUGUGUCCCCGUCAUUCUUCGGUCGCCCUUUUCCUCUCGUCACUCGUCUUUCGCAGGUUUCCCCUCUCGUGCUCUCGGUCCUCCCUCCCUCCCUCUCUCUCGUCCUCGCGUCUCGGCCGUGCGCCGGCCUCUCCGUCAUUGGGUCGUCGUGCGCUCUUUGCAUCGAGUACACGGAUUGUGCAGC